GGACAUCGUGCUGGCUGCGCACCUGAAGCCUCUGGAGCAGCGGGACAGGCUGUGCCCCAGGAGGAAUGUGCUGUGGAAUCCCCAUGCAGCUGCGGCCCAGGCGCCACCAGCCCUCGCCCCGGAGCUCCCCGUGGAACUGGACCGGCGGCCGAGAACCUCUGCGGAAUUCCACAGGAAUUGGCGCAGGUGCCUUCAGAGUGGAGCAGAGAAGUACCAGUUCCUGCUGGAGCUCGGAGGGGAUGCCUUGGGCAGCAUCUUCAGGGCUGACGUGGGCUUUGGCCUUCUCGGGGAGUUCCUGGUGGUGCUGGCAGAGAACUUCCAUCCUGGAGACAGACCUGCAGUGCUGGAGCUGCUGCAGGGCCUGGCAGGCACCAGGCGCUUCGGCCUCAACCUGGAGCUCCUGAGCCCCUCAGAGCAGCACAGCUCCAGGGAGUUGUUCCAGAAGCUCCAGAGCAGCAACAGGGACUGUUCCAGGCAGGGAGGGAGGGAAGGACACCUCAUGGAGAGCCCCUUGGAAAGGGAAUCUGAGGAGGAAGGGACAGUGCUGGAGCUGAUGAGGUGUUACCAGAUCAGCUGA